UGUUGUCGGUAUUGGGUAUAGCAGAUGUAGGAUGGCCCAAAUAUUAAAACAUAUUGUUAUAAGUUAUAUUAUUAAUGUUGUAUAAUAUAUGUUAGCUAGAGGAAGCUGUAGGUCAUGAUGAUAUUAAGUUCUGGGAAGUGAUAUCAGAUGAGCAUGGGAUUGACCCAACAGGUACUUAUCAUGGAGACUCUGACUUACAGUUGGAAAGGAUAAAUGUGUACUACAAUGAAGCCACAGGAGGAAAAUAUGUUCCUCGGGCAGUUUUGGUGGAUCUAGAACCUGGGACAAUGGACUCUGUAAGAUCAGGACCAUUUGGUCAGCUUUUUAGGCCAGACAAUUUUGUGUUUGGCCAAAGUGGUGCAGGAAACAACUGGGCAAAAGGCCACUAUACGGAAGGUGCAGAAUUGGUAGAUUCUGUGUUGGACGUCUGCAGGAAAGAAAGUGAAAAUUGUGACUGCUUACAAGGAUUUCAAAUGACUCAUUCAUUAGGAGGAGGGACUGGAUCAGGCAUGGGUACACUCUUGAUUUCUAAAAUCCGAGAGGAGUACCCCGACAGGAUCAUGAAUACUUUUAGUGUUGUACCUUCUCCAAAGGUUUCAGAUACAGUUGUAGAACCAUACAAUGCAACCCUGUCAGUUCACCAACUAGUAGAAAAUACAGACGAAACCUUUUGUAUAGAUAAUGAAGCUCUCUAUGAUAUCUGUUUCCGUACCUUAAAACUCACAACUCCAACUUAUGGUGAUCUUAACCACCUUGUUAGUGCUACUAUGUCUGGUGUCACAACAUGCCUUCGCUUCCCAGGUCAGCUUAAUGCUGAUUUAAGAAAGCUUGCAGUAAACAUGGUACCCUUUCCACGUCUGCAUUUCUUUAUGCCUGGAUUUGCACCUCUUACUUCAAGAGGAAGCCAGCAAUAUCGAGCCUUGACUGUUCCUGAGUUGACCCAGCAAAUGUUUGAUGCAAAGAACAUGAUGGCAGCAUGUGAUCCUCGCCAUGGUCGCUACUUGACUGUUGCUGCCAUUUUCAGAGGACGAAUGAGUAUGAAAGAGGUAGAUGAGCAAAUGCUAAAUGUACAAAAUAAAAACAGCAGCUACUUUGUGGAGUGGAUCCCAAAUAAUGUGAAGACUGCUGUAUGUGAUAUUCCUCCUCGAGGGUUGAAGAUGGCUGUUACUUUCAUUGGUAAUAGCACAGCUAUCCAAGAACUUUUUAAGAGAAUAUCUGAGCAGUUCACAGCCAUGUUUCGUCGUAAAGCUUUUCUUCACUGGUAUACUGGGGAGGGGAUGGAUGAAAUGGAAUUUACAGAGGCAGAAUCUAACAUGAAUGAUUUAGUGUCUGAGUACCAACAAUAUCAGGAUGCAACUGUGGAAGAAGAAGGAGAAUAUGAUGAAGAAGAGGGCGAUGCUGAGGUUUAUGGCGGUGAUUUCAGAGGCCCCACUCCUGAUGUUGGGUAUAGGGGUAACAUAAGAACACCUUCUGCUGAUCCCAGUUAUAGAGAAGCAGCCAGAGCACCUUCUACCAAUGACAGGGCUCCCUCUACCGGACCUGCUGCUAGCCUAGGUGGGGAGCGUGAAGAGACGCCUGUUAUGCAAGAAUAGCAUAACAUUUUUAUCACAUAAUAUUUUAAUAAUUCUCUGAAGGAGAUUAUGUUUCUUUAUUUUAAGAAAAGCUAUUACAAAUAAUAUUCACAGUAGUUUAAACUGUAAAACACUUAAUUAUACCUUUGAUGAAGUUUAUAUAAAUGCAUAACCUCCCCCUGAAUGAUUUCGAUAUUUGGGCUGGGACAAGUUAAUUUUCUUUCUUUCAAGAAACGCUAUGACAAAUAAUAUUCGCAGUAAUUUAGACUGUAACACCUAGUUAUAGCGUUUGAUGAAGUUUAUAUAAAUCUAUAACCUCCCACUGAAUUAUUUCGAUAUUUGGGCUGGGACACUAGAGUGACUUCUCGAUGAAAAUUGAAUCAGUUUUUGUAGUGCAACUGGUAGGUAUAAAUGACAUUUCAAACAUAUUGUUGGUGUGAACGUGCUUAAUAUUCUAUGAGAAAAAACUAUAUACUGGAUAAGUGAAGUGAAGAAAAAGUCAUUGACCACUAUUCAGUUCUUCACAUUAUAUAGCAGCACAAUAUAAUAUACCUGUUAUUGCGCGGCAAAAUAAAGAUAUAGGUCCAGCUUAUCUUUCUUUGGUUAAUUUGUG